UUAAAACAUCAGAGUAUCUCUGGAUCGCUUCCUCUCCACAUACCAUAAAUAUGAAUUAUCCAAAUCCCUCCUAACUCUUGUUCCCUCCACCUCCACCUCCUCAAUUCUAAACCCCAAAAGCUCUCAUUUUGAUCCCAAAAAACACAAAAGAAAUCUCAAAUUGUACAUAAAAUGAUUAUAUCAUCCCCUCCAACUUCAUUUAAUCUGGCCAAGACUCCAAAUUCAAGAACACCCAUUUGCCCAAAACGCCUAUAUUCUUCGCAUUUUUCAUUUUCUUGGUCUUCAAAUUUCAAGAACCAAUCUUUUUGCUACAAGAAUCAAAACCCACAUCAGAAAAGGCUAAAGUUCAAAUCUUGCGCUAUACCCGGGUAUGAUUUCAGUGGGUUUGAUGGGGUUCAGCCUGUUGUGGAAGCAGCUGCUGUGUUAACUGCUAUAAUUGUGGUUCAUGAAAGUGGUCAUUUCUUGGCAGCUAUAGUUCAGGGUAUUCGUGUAAGUAAAUUUGCUGUUGGGUUUGGUCCAAUUUUAGCUAAAUUUAAUGCAAAUAAUGUAGAGUAUUCACUUAGGGCUUUUCCACUUGGUGGUUUUGUGGGGUUUCCAGAUAAUGAUCCUGAUAGUGAUAUUCCUGUGGAUGAUGUUGAUUUGCUUAAAAAUAGGCCUAUAUUUGAUAGGAUUGUUGUUGUUUCGGCUGGUGUGAUUGCUAAUGUUGUGUUUGCUUAUUUGAUUAUUUUGAUGCAAAUAUUGUCUGUUGGAUUGCCUGUUCAAGAUAAUUUUCCGGGGGUGCUUGUGCCCGAGGUUAGACCACUCUCAGCCGCAUUUCGAGCUGGGUUGCUCCCUGGUGAUGUGAUUCUGGGGGUAAAUGGUGUUGAAUUGUCGAAGCAAGGUCCUAGUUUAGUUUCUGAGGUUGUUAAUAUAAUCAAGAAAAAUCCGAAAGCUGAUGUGAUGCUUAAGAUUAAGAGAAGUAACCAAAAUAUUGAUAUUACUGUUUCCCCUGAUGAGAUUUCUGAUGGCACGGGUCGAAUUGGGGUUCAGUUAUCACCGAAUGUUAGGUUCUCUAAUGUUAGGCCGAAGGAUGUUAUAGAAGCUUUUAAGUACACGGGGCGUGAGUUCUUUGGCUUGACGUUUAAUGUCUUGGAUAGCCUGAAACAGACUUUCUUUAAUUUCUCCCAAACUGCAAGCAAAGUUUCCGGUCCUGUUGCUAUUAUAGCAGUGGGAGCAGAAGUUGCAAAGUCAAGCUCAAAUGGGCUUUACCAAUUUGCUGCUAUUUUAAAUCUUAAUCUUGCAGUUAUAAAUCUUCUACCUCUGCCAGCUUUAGAUGGGGGCUCUUUGGCUUUGAUACUUGUAGAAGCAGUUAGAGGUGGGAAGAAACUCCCCUCAGAAGUAGAGCAAGGGAUAAUGUCUUCAGGAUUUAUGCUUGUUACAGUUCUUGGUCUGUUCCUAAUAGUAAGAGACACAUUAAACCUUGAUUUCAUCAAAGACUUGCGAUGAUUGUCAGAAACACUCUAAAUCUUCACCCUCAUCGUUGACGCAAUACUGAAUACGAUCAGGGAUUUGAAAACCGCUUUGGGUAUAGGUUAGUCAUGCUAGCCUCUAACGGUACAUGGAAGAGAUGAAUUCAGCUUGUGGUUUCUGCUCAGCAUGGGCUCUGAUUUAUCUUAAGAUAUUAUCUGGCAGAUAUAUGUAGCAAUAGAAUUCAACAUGGAUGUUAUUUGUUGUCUAUAGAAAUUAUUCUAUUGUGGUUCUCCCGAGACAGGUUUUGAAUUA